AUGUUGGCACAGCUAUUAAGGCCGAUUUUCCGGUUCAGAAAGACCUCUGUUAGCAUUCUAUUCGUUCUGAACGUCGUUUUCGUUGCGUCGUUGUACUAUUGGGAUAAUACAAGAUACACGAGAAGUGUUCCUAACGAGAACGACGAAUACGCAGACGUGCUAGAAUCCACAUGGGCACAUUUACAAGUCAUAUCUGAGCGUCCACAUGCGUUUACAUCUCCUCAAAACGAUGUGGUUCAUGACUACUUGAAAAAGGAGAUUGAAACCUUGGUAGGCAACACUUCUUUCAUUGAAACCUGGGACGAUCGCGAACACGAUACAAAGGCUCUUUUCAAGCAACAAAACGUGUUCAAUGCGUCCUCUACGACCUCUAGAGUGGUUUACUACGAAUCCUCUAAUCUUUUGGUCAAAAUAAAAGGUAUAAACGAAAGCUUACCUGGACUUCUCGUGUCUGCGCACUUCGAUUCCGUUCCCACUGGGUUUGGUGCGACAGACGAUGGAAUGGGUAUCGUGACUCUUUUGGGGCUACUAAAACUUUGCACUCAGCAACAGCCUGACCGAACUAUGGUUUUUAAUUUCAAUAAUAAUGAGGAGUUCGGAUUGAUGGGUGCUACGUUGUUCAUGCAACACGAGUGGAGUAAACUGGUACAGUUCGUUUUGAACUUGGAAGGUGCAGGAGCGGGCGGCAAAGCAGUUUUAUUCAGGACUUCAGAUGUGGGUACCGCGUCUGCCUAUCGGCGGGCAGUCGAAGAUCAGCCUUUCGGUAAUUCCAUCUAUCAACAAGGAUUCUAUGACAGAUACAUCAGCAGCGAAACGGAUUACAAAGUUUAUGAGGAAAACGGAUUACGUGGCUGGGAUAUCGCUUUCUACAAACCUCGCUCUAUCUAUCACACAGCGCGUGACUCAAUACAAUACACCAGUAAGGCGUCUCUGUGGCAUAUGCUCCAUACGUCCAUCCAACUUUGCCAAUUUCUAACAUUUGAAGAUGUUUCGGACCUAGAUGAAGAGACUUCGAUUCCCGCUGUUUAUUUUGAUAUAAUCGGCUUAAAAUUCAUCUCGUUUAGCGCCAAGUCAUUGUGCCUCUUCAAUUGCGCCAUCCUGCUUCUAUUCCCCGUUGUAAUUUUGGCUUUACAAAUUGUUAUCAAGAAAAACAAGCCAAAGAAUAUACCUUCGUUGGCUGCGUGGAUAAGGCUCCCACUUUCUGCUUGUUUGUCAUACGUUGUGAUCACUUUUACUCGCUCAUUCAUGUACCAUAGAAACGCCUUGAUUUACAACCGGGAUUUCGUUAGCCCUACGCUUAUGUUCGCCAGCGAAUUUCUAUUGGUGAAUUAUUUUGUACUUUCGCUUUUGCAGGUAUGGAGACCUGAGCAGCGUUUAAAAACAUCCGUUUUCCUCGAAGCGUCUGGUUUGCUAUGGGUACUUUUACUUACAGUUACUUGGAAGCUUUAUGCUUCAAAAUACACUAGCACGGGUGUGUAUCUUGCGACUCUGAUGUACCUCUUGAUAUCCUUGGGUACCGUUCUUGAUCAGUGCUUAUUGAUAUUCAAAUCAGAAACCUCCACUAGAUAUCCCAAGAAUGACAUUGCCUCUGAUGAAGAGCAGGACACUUCGUCCGAAAUAGUGAGUACUUCCUCAUCGGAGCCACUACCGGAAAACGUGGAACAAGAAGAAAACGAAAGAUCACCCCUCAUCCGUAAUUCAAACGACCAGCGUCAAAUCCCCUCGUCUCGAUCGAAUACGUCAGGCUCGCUGAAAAUUGUUACCGGGGCCGCGAGCAAGCUUGGCCAUUAUGAAUGGAGUGUUCAGUUCAUUUUGGUAGUUCCUAUACUCACAUUGUGCACUUUUCUCGUUACAAGCCAAGUACUAGGUGCCAUUAAUCAGACCUGCCAAGAAGGAUUCAAGUCUGCCUGGAACAUUUCCAUGGUUUCGAUGUUGGGUGGACUGUUCUUGGUGGUACCUGUAUUACCUUUUGUUGACAAAAUAAAUGCCCUGCUUUCGACAGUGCUCAUUGGUGUCUUUGCCAUAACGUUUGCUCUUUCAAGUCUCCGUGCCCCAUUCACGGAAGAAAGCCCCUUGAAGCUUCGCUUUUCGCAAGAAGUAGAUGUGGGAUCAACUUCUCAAGACGCUAUGGUGUACUUGUGGGGCAGACAGGGAACCUUGCUUGAGUCCACUUUAAAUGAUAUACCAACUAUUAAAAAUGACCCCGCCAAGGGCUAUCAUUGUGAAAGACAAGGCGAUGGGCAAGAGAAAUGCUCUUACCUUGGUCUCGACCCAUAUCCAAUCGAUGCCCCUAGCGAUUGGAAGUAUUCCGAUAUAAUGAAUGUGAACAUAACUGAAAGCAACCACAACUCUUUGGAACGCUCUCCUUACGAACCCAUUUACGCAGAGCUGGAAAUAACGUCUCUUGGAAGUCGUACCUGCUUCCUGAACUUUAAUUUCUCCAACUCUGACGAGGACUCACAGAACUCUCCUUUAAAGCAGGUUACGAUUCGCCAUGAUCGUAGGAAGAAGAGCAGUUCGACGUUAUUGCCUGGGAGACAGGGUUUGGGUACUGCCAGUGAUGACUUCCGGUGGGGGUCCGGAAUUGAUGAAUUGCAAUUGCUAAAGCUCGACUUUCAACAACCGUAUCGUAUUCGGCUUGAAUGGAUGCCCAGAGUGGAUGAUAAGACGGAUGAUCCAGAAAUGAAUUCGCUCGGAAUGAAUAUCAAAUGCUACUGGGGAGAAUAUGACAGCGAUUCUAAGAUUGGAUCGAAAUUGAGACGUAAAGUCCCCGCGUUUGAUGAACUUUUAAUAUACUCGCCAAGAGAAGUGACAUAUGCGAAUAGAGAGCCUGGUGUCGUUGUCAUGAAAGACUAUAUCAAAUUAUAA